UCGCUCUUUUUUGUCUCGACUCUCGUCGCAGAAGCACGUUGCAGUUUUUUCUCCGAAGAAAAUAAAAUGACUGAAACUCUCCAAUUGCGCGGAACCCUCGUGGGUCAUUCCGGAUGGGUUACCCAAAUUGCCACCAACUCAAAAUACCCCGACAUGUUGUUGUCUUCGUCUCGUGACAAGACCCUCAUCGUCUGGAAGUUGACUCGUGACGAACAUCAAUACGGUAUCCCCCAAAAGCGUCUCUAUGGACACUCUCACUUCAUCAGUGACGUCGUUCUCUCAUCCGAUGGCAACUACGCCUUGUCUGGAUCAUGGGACAAGACUCUCCGCUUGUGGGAUUUGGCUGCCGGAAAAUCAACUCGUCGUUUCGAAGAUCAUACCAAGGACGUUUUGUCUGUCGCUUUCUCCGUUGACAACCGUCAAAUUGUCUCGGGAUCUCGCGACAAGACCAUCAAGUUGUGGAACACCUUGGCUGAGUGCAAGUACACGAUCCAAGAAGAUGGUCACAGCGACUGGGUCUCGUGCGUGCGUUUCUCGCCCAACCAUUCCAACCCCAUCAUCGUCUCUGCCGGUUGGGAUCGCGCCGUCAAAGUAUGGAAUUUGGCUAAUUGCAAGUUGCGCAUCUCGCACACCGGUCACACUGGCUAUUUGAACACCGUCACUGUUUCGCCCGAUGGCAGUUUGUGCACAUCCGGAGGCAAGGACAGCAAAGCCUUCUUGUGGGACUUGAAUGAGGAUAAAUUGUUGCACACUUUGGAUCACAAUGACAUCAUUAGCGCCUUGUGCUUCAGCCCGAACCGUUAUUGGUUGUGCGUCGCCUAUGGCAGUUCCAUCAAGAUUUGGGAUUUGGCAUGCAAGAAAAUCGUCGAAGAAUUGCGCCCCGAAGUCGUUUCGAGCGGAAGCAACAAAACCGACCCACAAUGCUUGUCUCUCGCCUGGUCCACGGACGGUCAAACGUUGUUCGCUGGCUAUUCCGACAACAUUAUCCGCGUUUGGCAAGUCUCUGUGUCAACUCGUUAAGGAGUUGCGGGACAACAAAAUACUAAAUUGUAUUGUAAGCAUCAAUAAAGCUGCCGUUUUUUUAAGCAAAAUGGCUCAAUGAAAAUAAA